AUGACGGCCGCGGGGCGCGGUGUGGACGGCGCGAACAAGCCCACCUUCGGCGACCCCGAGAAACGGGUCUGGCUGUCGUGCCUUGGCGGAGGGAAGCCGGACGACAUGGGCGUGGUGCGCGACGUCGGCGACUGGAAGCCCGAAUCCUCUUGCCUGCUCGCCGGUGAUUUGCCUUUCCGCGAGUGCGUGAUUAUCGAGGAGCCGGGAGUCUCCCUGCCCACAUCCUCCCCCAAGAUGGGGCGUACUGGCAUCGGCGUGCUCCAUCGCCGCCCCGGACACACAACGGCCACGCCACGACCAAUGAGAUCCACGCGAGGAGGGAGGUGCAUUAGGGGGGAUUCAGGCUGCUCACCGGCCAAGCCCUCCGACGAGCGGCCAGACCCAGGCGAGGUGGAUUUCGUGGUGUUAUUGCUAGGAGUGGUCUUUUUGGUUCUACGAGAACCUAAUGUCCAAGACUUCAGGUUAAGUUCAGCCGCCCUGCGAGCAAGAGCACCAUGUACCUCUACUACGAGGGCAUGCCAGAUUCUCCACAAGCUCAGCCGCGAGUCACACGACAUCCUCUGCAGGAACUGUAACCACUUCUACUACGUGCUCUGCCAUAAUCUCGGCAUCCCCAAGCUUCCAAGUAAGGGAAACAAUCUGAAUUAUGGCGAGGACUGGAAUUAUGUGCUCAUGAGGCUGUUACCUCAAACGCUGCGCCAAUUUUUUAGGUAUUUGCGCAUCACAUAUUCGAUCUGA